AGUGUUGAGUUUGCAUUAGUAUUAUUAUUUGUUUCUUCCCUUGGUUUAAGUGUGUGAACUAUAUUAGUGGGUUAACCAGUGAGGGAGCUAAGAUUUUUACUAAGGGGUUAAAAAAUAAACACACCAAGAAGUCAAGGAGUUUAGCAUCUAAUAUCUAUACGUACAUAAAAAAAUAAUUUUUAACCUUGUAUAUACAUUGUAUUUUUCGCUGUAGGGGGUUCGGAUCUCUACCCAACCUAGUUCCGCCCCUGGUGAGGUUGUCUUAGAGAAGUGGAAGAAAGCCGAGAAUGUCCUGAAAGAUUUGAACUUUAGUAAUUUUAAUGGAAAAUGAUUGCUUCGUACCAAAGGGUUGGUCUAGUGAUCAAUAAAGUGAAUAGAGAACCAUGAGGUCCCACGUUCAAAUCCCAGCGGUCUGGCCUACCUUUGGUGGAUAGACUUACCGGGUACCUAUUGCUGGUGGGAGGUAGCAGAAUAUUAGAAGCCAUGGAUGUGGGAAAGGAUAUGGUGGUUUGAUAAAGUGUUUGUUAGCAGCAAACAAAGUAUGGAACCUGAACCUUGUCAAUCAAGGUUUGAUGACCGAGAAUGUGCACCUUAGGCUGACAUUACGCAGCCUCAAGGUUUGCUUCCAAUCCUUUAGAUCUUGUGCAUUGUGCGUUAAAUGCAUACUUGUGACCUCUGAAACUCAUGAAAUCCCUGUGUGGCUUUACCUAUGUCAGAUGAGGACCUAGGCAGAAGAGGGAGAGCAUAUAGAUCUUUGUAAUGAAGGAUUAUUUAUACUGUGUACUUUUACUGAGGUUGGAGGAUACAGUUGUACCAGCAAACAAAGAGCGGCGGUACUUGCUUAAGGAAUUCCCAGAGCUAGCCUCGUGCAAGGAAUGCUCGACAGUUUUGGAGGUCGGUUGUGGAAAUGGUAGUACAGCUCUGCCAAUAUUACGUGGAAACACGAGCAUCUCUCUGUAUGCCUGUGACUGCAGCAAAGAGGCUCUUGAGAGAGCUAAAGAGAAUAUUGAAGCUGCUAAUAUAAACUUGGCUAAAGAACGUUUUUACACAUUCCAAUGUGAUUUCUCUGCAAGUGGAUUUCCAAACUGGUUAAUCUGCACUUCUUGCCGUGAAAGUUUCUUCCAGAAGCAAAAUAUGUGCUCCGCAGAUGCAAGAAGCUGCAGUAAGCAAGAUUUCCCUGAUCCACUGAUAUCUGCCAAGAACAAUAGCUGCAUUGGCGGAGUAGAUUUUGUUACUUUAAUAUUUACACUAUCGGCAGUGCCACUUCACAGGAUGUCGAGAGCAAUCACAGAAUGCUUCUCCAUUCUAAAGCCCGGAGGGCUGUUGUUAUUCAGAGAUUAUGGUCUUUAUGAUAUGACCAUGCUUCGGUUCGAGCCAGAGCAAAGAGUAGGAUACAGGGAGUACAUGCGUUCUGAUGGAACAAGGUCUUACUUCUUUUGCUUGGAUAAUCUUGAGCUUGAAUAUUGUUGUGUCCAGUCAGUGAAUCGACAGAAUGGGAAGAUCAUGCGAAGAGUAUGGAUUCAUGGGAAGUUCCAGAAGCCACAUGGCCACUUAGGUUAAUGACCUCGUGGUUUUGAUGUCAGAAAGUGAGCUUGCAAGAAGCUACAUUAAUGUUCUUUGAGUUUAAGAAACUGAAAAAAGAAGAAGAUAAACAUGUGUUAUUUUUAACUAUUUUUAACCCUUAAAUCGUCCUCCAACAGAGCUAAGUGUAGAAGUGGAAUACUUGAGUAUAAUGUCAGUGCCUGAGAUUCCUUUGAAUGAAAGAUUCAGUCUUUUUCUAGCUAUGCAUGCAGAGAGGCACUUAGUCUCGUGAAACAUAUGAAGUAGUGCUGUGAUUGUAUGAUGAGAUGCAGAAAAAGAUGAGCAAAAAUUUGAUUGGUCAUAUUCUUUGUGUUGACUUCAGCAGUUUGUUAUCUUGAGCUUGGGGCUGUUUUAAGGUCAGUUUACACUAUGAUGGUGCAGUUUAGUUUGAGAAGCUUCUCAAGGGUGAAUUAUUAUUGUUCCUUUGGAAGAGAAUUUAAUUGUGAAAAGUAAGUCAAACUUGAAGGCUGGAAGUAAAAGACGUGUGUUUUCAAUUAAAUUUUUUUACCUUGUCCUUAUCAGACAUUCAAACAUGGAAUAUAGAGGAUACUGCCAUGCUACAUUUAUGGUAUGCAUGUAUCUGCUGA